AUGAACCGCACGGAGCGCAAGGCCGCGAGGGGGAAUCAAGGCGAGGACAAGUGGACGGGGAAGCGCCGCCUGCUGCCGGAGGCGAACGAGGAGAAGCGCCGCAAGAGGGUGGCCAGGCCGGAGGAGGAGGAGGAACCAGUGGACCUGAUGGCCUUAGUGGCGACGCAGUACCGCGAGAGAUGGGAGUGGAGGUACCGUCGUGGUCGCGAAUCCUACGAGGACGCAACGUCUAUACCACCUAUGCGAUACACCGACGAGCCGCCGCCGCCCAUUAACCGUGUCGGCUGCGCUGACGCUGUGGUCGUCUUCUCGGUGAAGGUGACGGAACUAAGCGAUGGCCUGGAAUGGCCGCUGGAUGUGUACGGCGUUGUCGCUGCCCGGGAUUCUGCGGACCACAAUCGCAACCUCCUCUUCAAGCGCACCAGAGACAACUGCCAGACACUCACCGCAGAGGAUGCCUCUCUGUUGUUGACCGGUCCUAGCCGCGCCAUCAUGAAAGUUAGGGCUGUCGACUAUGAUGUUGAACUAAAAGCGAAGGGUGAAUCCCCGUCUCAAGAUAAGCUCUUGAGCUUUUUUGUCGACAAGAACUACUACACUCCUGGUGAACGUCGCCAAGGAGUUCGCUGCCACACAUGCUCUUCUCAGCUGAGCACAGUGGUGGUGAUGGUCGGACACCUUAAAGAAACGGUGGAGGCUACCAUGACAAUCCGAGUGACCGAGGGAUCCUGGCCCACUCGAUAUCAUGGACGAUUCGCUGCGCGUAUCUCCAACCUUGAUGACAGGGACAUGGUAUUGUUCGAUUCUCGGGACGAAGCGAUAACUGUUAUGAGCAAUGGCACAAUCGAGCUCACGCGUCCUGCUGUUUCGGUGGAAAAAAAUGGAGAGCUGAGGAUUUUGGUGGACGCAUGGCUUGAUGAUGGUGAUCUCGAGGCUGCUUCGGUUGCCAAUGGUGAAGUGUUGUUUGCCCCUAGAAGGUCAGGUAGAAGCAAGGGUGUGUGUGAUGUUGGGUUCUCUAGGAUAGAAGUCACUGUCGCCUGGUCCCUUGUUGUGAACCGGUGA